AAUUUUUAAUUAUUAUUUUUUAGUUUAAAUAAAAUUUAAAAAGAUAUGAGUGAUACAUUUGAAAUUUUGAACAGAAGAUUGAAAACAUCUCCUUUUAUGGUACAAGGAGAAGUAGUAAAAGGUUUUGGAAGAGGCAGCAAAGAACUAGGUAUUCCAACUGCCAAUUUUCCUGAAAUAGUUGUUAAGGAUAUACCAAGUGAACUGAGUGCUGGAGUUUACUACGGUUGGUCUCGCGUAGAUAAUGGUGAGAUUUACAAAAUGGUGCUCAGUAUUGGAUGGAAUCCAUUUUAUAAAAAUGAGAAAAAAUCAAUGGAAACACAUAUUUUACAUGAGUUUGAUAGUGAUUUCUAUGGAUCUACAUUACGUAUAGUUAUGACUGGAUAUAUUCGACCUGAACUAAAUUUUGGUUCUCUUACAGAAUUGGUAGACGCUAUCAAGAAUGAUAUUGCGAUUGCACAAUCCUCACUUGAAAAAUCAGAUCAUAUUUCACACAGAUUUUUAGAAUUCAUUCAGAAAGAAAUUUAAAGUUAGGAUGAAUUUGAUAAAAUAUUUAUUUUAUGAUAGUUAUUUUAUAGUUGUUAAUAACAUUUCAAUUUUUAAAAUUUUGUAAAGAAAUAA